GAGAUUUUCUCUCUCAAACUGACAUCAUGAGGCCAGCAGGUUUUAUCCCAGUGCUCAUCAUCCUUGGCGUCGGUCCCUCAGCCGCGGGGUCCAGCUCCUUCGCCGACAGUGAAGAUGCCCUCCUCCAGCAUUUGUUCCAAGGGUACCAGAAAUGGGUUCGCCCUGUGCUGAAUUCUAACGACACCAUAAAAGUAUACUUUGGACUGAAAAUAUCUCAGCUCGUAGACGUGGAUGAAAAGAACCAACUGAUGACAACAAAUGUGUGGCUCAUACAGGAAUGGACAGACCACAAAUUACGCUGGGAUCCUGAUGACUAUGGUGGAAUUCAUUCGAUUAAAGUCCCAUCAGAAUCUCUCUGGCUUCCUGACAUAGUUCUCUUCGAAAAUGCGGAUGGACGUUUUGAAGGCUCCCUCAUGACCAAAGCCAUAGUGAAAUCGAAUGGAACUGUCAUUUGGACGCCUCCUGCCGGUUAUAAAAGUUCGUGCACCAUGGACGUGAAGUUUUUCCCAUUUGACCAGCAGAACUGCUCCAUGAAGUUUGGGUCCUGGACUUACGAUGGUACUAUGGUCGACCUCGUUUUGAUCAAUGAAGAUGUCGACAGAAGAGAAUUCUUUGAUAACGGAGAGUGGGAAAUACUAAAUGCAAAAGGGACGAAGGGAAACAGAAGAGACGGUUUAUAUUCCUAUCCAUUCAUCACUUACUCCUUCGUUCUGCGUCGCCUGCCCCUGUUCUACACCCUCUUCCUGAUAAUCCCCUGCCUGGGCCUCUCUUUUCUGACAGUUCUCGUGUUCUACUUACCUUCUGAUGAAGGAGAAAAACUUUCCUUAUCAACCUCUGUUCUGGUUUCCCUGACAGUUUUUCUUCUAGUGAUUGAGGAAAUAAUCCCAUCUUCUUCGAAGGUCAUUCCUCUCAUUGGAGAGUACCUUUUGUUCAUUAUGAUUUUCGUUACCCUGUCGAUUAUUGUUACCGUGUUUGUCAUCAAUGUUCACCACAGAUCUUCUUCAACUUACCAUCCCAUGGCCCCCUGGGUUAAGAAGCUAUUUCUGCAAAAACUUCCUAAAUUACUUUGCAUGAAGAACCAUGUGGAUCGCUACUCUUCCCCAGAUAAAGAAGUGAGCGAGCGGGGAACGAAAGGUGAAGUCCUAGAAAAAAAGAAACAGAAACAGAUGAGUGAUGGAGAAAAAGUUCUGGUUGCUUUCCUGGAAAAGGCCGCUGAUUCCAUCAGAUACAUCUCAAGGCACGUGAAGAAGGAGCAUCUUACCAGCCAGGUAGUACAAGACUGGAAAUUCGUAGCGCAAGUUCUCGACCGCAUCUUCCUGUGGCUCUUUCUGAUAGUGUCAGUGACAGGCUCUGUUCUGAUUUUUACCCCUGCUUUGAAGAUGUGGCUACAUAGUUACCACUAG